AGGACACUGACCUUAUACACUGUAAGACUCAGAGUAGGUCUGCAGUGUGUCACUCCCCAAGAGACAAACGGCCAGCAUGAAUCUCAAGCUGUGGCUGCUUCUCCUCUUUCUCUGUGCGGUCAUUAUCCCUGCACAGUUGAAGAAAGAGAAACAUGACAAACAUGAUAAGCAUGAUAAGCAUGUUGGACGUGAUAGACAUGGGCACCAUGAGAAACAAGGGGGUCCUGGUAAACAUCAUGGAAAGAGAGGCAAAGGAAGAUUGCAGGACCUGAAGGCUGAGUUUGACACCUCAGACGACACUGAUGAUGAUGACGAUGGCAACGAUUGGCUGUUUGAGCUUCAAGGCCUCAGAGGAAAAUGCAGCCCAAAUCCAUGCCUGAAUGGCGGGGUGUGUGAGGAAAAAAGGGAUAAAUUCAAAUGCAAAUGCCCCAGGCAGUUUGUAGGUAGAAGGUGUGAGAGAGGGAAAAGGGUUUGUAAAAGAGGAACCUGUGGGACAGGACUGUGUCUUCUCACCUCAGCUCCUCCCUACUACAAGUGCAAGUGUAUUCCACCAUUUGCACCACCAAACUGCAAAUCACCCAUUCCAUGUGCACCAAACCCUUGUCAGAACAAUGGCAGAUGUGUUUCAGAAGAGGGUGAUUUUGAUUGCAUCUGCCCAGAGGGGUUCGAUGGACAUUACUGUCAAGUCGACCCAAAUGACUGCUAUGAGGGGGAUGGACAGUCAUACAGAGGAAAGGUGUCAGAAACUGAAGAAGGGGACGAAUGUCUCGACUGGAAUUCUGAGUUUGUUCUGGAUAAAGGAUCUUUUCCUUCAACUGCAUUUGCAUCUAGUGAAGGCCUGGGACCGCACAACUUCUGCAGAAACCCUGAUGGAGAUAAGAAGCCAUGGUGCUUUAUAAAGAAGAACAGGAGACUUCGAUGGGAUUAUUGUGAUGUCAGAAAAUGUCCCUCACCUGCAACAACUACCAAAGAAACGGUGACCACCACCACUAAAGCUAUCCCCACCACAGCUGCAUUUAUAGAUACUUUUAGACCAAUAGUAACUACUCUCCAACCAACUAUACCAGUUAAGACAGAUGCCAGCACAACCCCAGAGAGCACCAGUUCAGCCCGAAUAAUCACCACUACUCCACCACCAACCAUACCAACUACAAAUAUUACUUUUACAAGGAGCUUUCUUACCUGUGGUAAACCUGAGCCGAAAAAACAACUAAAUCGGAUUUAUGGAGGUCUUAAAGCUAUUCCUGGAGCCCAUCCAUGGCAAGUAUCAGUGCAGGUCAAACCUAAAGGAUCUGUCCAAGGCUACAGACACAUCUGUGGAGGCACCCUUAUCAAGCCUUGUUGGGUGCUGACUGCGGCCCACUGCAUUGAUAAAAAGCAUGAUUACAGUGUUGUAUUGGGAGGAUUAAAUCUAGUUCAGAAGGAGCCAACAGACCAGACUGUGCUGGUGGAGAACACUAUCGUCCAUGAGAAGUACAAGGAAACUCCUGACGUUGUCUACAAUGAUAUUGCUCUAUUAAAACUGAAAGCUACUAAAGGAGAAUGUGCUAAGGAAACUCAGUUUGUGAAGGCUGCCUGCUUGCCCAAAGAACCUUUCCCAGAUGGAGCAGAAUGCAGCAUUUCAGGAUGGGGAGCCACAGAGACGUCAGAGUAUGGCUCCAUGCAUUUGCUUGAUGCACAGGUUUUGCUGAUUUCUCAGGAGGCUUGUUCAAACAAUAAAGUAUAUGCAGCUUUGCUGGAUGACGGCAUGCUUUGCGCAGGCUAUCUCAAGGGAGGAGUUGACUCCUGUCAGGGUGACUCAGGUGGGCCUCUCACCUGUGCCAAGGAUCAAAUACACUAUAUCUAUGGUAUAGUGAGCUGGGGAGACAGCUGUGGAGAGAAGAACAAGCCUGGUGUCUAUACAAGAGUCAUGAAAUACUUGGACUGGAUCAAUGAAAAAAUUGGGAGCCAGUAGCAUGUCCAUGAAAGAUAAACCACAACCACAAUGGUUUGUUUUUGUUGUUGUUGUGUACUCUGACUCAGUAGUGCUUUGUACAAAUUUGUAUUGUAGAAUUUAAGAUGAUUCUUUUGAUUAAUUAAUAACAUAUUGUGUCAUCGUGGGGAUAAAUACUUUUAAAAUACAGUUUUAAAAUACACAAUUUCAGACA